AAAACAGGCUGGCCCAGUGGUCAAAGGCAUCAUAUAUAAACUCACAGGCUCUGUCUGCAAACAUACACAGGGGGACAUUUCUCUCAGUCAACAGUCAAUCAGGUUGAUCAACGUGAAAGUGCUGACAUGAAGCUUGGGUUGCUUGUCGUGGUGGCUGUGGCAGUUUUGCUGCCCAGCUUUUCUGAGAGCCGGAUUGUCUCCAAAUGUGAGCUGAAAGACAAGCUCGGGAAAACGAUCGAUCUGCCCAGAAAAUCAAAGGAAAGAAUCUUGGCAAUAGUUAUCUGUGAAGUGGAACGGAGGUCUGAUCUGAACACCACUUUGAUCGAGUCAUUUGGAAAGUGCAUCCCUGCCACACCAAAGCCAACAGUGGCCGUAUCCCCCUCCGCAACAGGAGUUAACCAAAUGAGCACUGGAGCAGCCACACUGACAAACAACAAUUCAACAUCCACUAGCAUGACCAAUAGCACUACUGUUACUAACACUACUACUAGCCCUGCUAGUACUAACUCCACCAUUAGCUCAAUGAACACAACUCUCGUGUCAAACAGCGCAGGUGUCGUAAAAAGACGAAAGCGGGAUGCUGACUCAAGCAGUCAUGAGCGGAGAAAGAAUAGUAAGGAAGGUGGCAGGGGGGAGGGAAAGGGGCAUGAUGAAACGAGCAGUGAGGAGGAUACAGAACCCAAAAAUCUUUACGGGCUCUUCCAGCUGUCUGACAGGAAGUUCUGUGAUUCAGGGUAUUGCCCAUCUGAAAAUGUGUGUCAUACCUCCUGCACAGCAUUCACUGACGAUGACAUAACUGAUGAUAUUGCUUGUGUCAUCCAGACUGGAUACUGGAGGGAGAUUGAGAUGACAGCCUCAGAGUCAUGUCGUCGCACCUGGAAUUUCUUCAAAGAAUGUAACUAAAUGGCUGUGAGAUCACAGUUUGUACCUGCAGGAUCACAACUAUUUAUUCUUCAGAACCAUCUCCUGUUAGCUGUGAUCAAGAAACUGCAUGCUCCAUUACCUACUACAUGUUACAAAGCACUAUUUUCUUUCUUUGGUGGGGGAAUCUUUCAAUAAAUAUUACUUUGCA